GGGUAAAUUAUACACGCAUGCUCUGACGUGACAUCCGUCGUAUAUUUUGGGAUGGAGAAGUAUUUGCAAUGUUGCUGUGAAUAGUGUUUUGUGCACAAAUAAUAGUAUAUAUGUUUGAUAAUUCCUGUUGAUAGUAAUUACUGGUAUCGCAUUUAUACAAAAACAUGUUUUUUAUGCUCUAAUUUUAUCUUGUGGCUAUGCUGUUUGUGAGCCAGGCAUGUCGUCGGUGUAAAAUGUCCAUGUUCGUAUUGAAUAACGAGGCCAAGUGGUGAAGAACGCCAGUCUGGGAAAGCCUGUUGUAAUACUUAUGACACUCGUCCGCUAACUGACACAACUAAUUGCUUAAAAACAGACACUGAAGAAGGAAAAAUGGGAGCAUUUCUAGAUAAACCAAAGACUGAUAAGCACAAUGAGGGGGGUUUUGGCAAUGGUCUUCGCUAUGGCCUUUGCAGCAUGCAGGGCUGGAGAGUGGAAAUGGAAGAUGCCCACACUGCUGUUAUUGGGCUUCCAUAUGGCAUGAAGGAUUGGUCAUUUUUUGCCGUCUUUGAUGGACAUGCUGGUGCCAAAGUUUCAGCCUUUUGUGCAGAGCAGUUGCUUGAACACAUCAUAGUUAAUGAAGACUUUCAUGGGAAGUUGGACAUCCGGGAAGGAACCGAGAUCCAGCCAUCACUGGAAGAAGUUAAAAAAGGUAUUAAAACAGGAUUUUUAAAACUAGACCAGAUGAUGCGUACUAUGCCAGAGAUGAUGAGUGGUGAGGACAAAAGUGGAUCAACAGCCGUUUGUGCAAUUGUUUCACCAGAGCAUGUUUUUUUUGCAAAUUGUGGCGAUUCUAGGGCAGCUUUGUGCCGUGGUGGGAAGUGUUCAUUCGCAACACAAGACCACAAACCAGUUAACCCCACAGAGAAGGAGCGAAUUCAAAAUGCUGGAGGCAGUGUUAUGAUUCAGAGAGUCAAUGGCUCGCUUGCAGUGUCUCGGGCACUUGGGGAUUUUGAGUACAAAAAUGUUGAAGGUAAAGGUCCAUGUGAACAGCUUGUUUCACCAGAGCCGGAGAUAUAUGUUCAAGACCGCAGCCCAGAAGAUCAGUUUCUUGUCUUGGCAUGUGACGGAAUCUGGGAUGUUAUGACGAACGAUGAACUGUGCUCUUUUGUGAUAAGUAGAAUGCAGGUGUCGAACAGUCUGGAGCAAGUUAGCAAUCAAGUUGUCGAUACUUGUUUAUAUAAGGGAAGCCGAGACAACAUGAGUAUAGUUAUCAUUGCAUUUGAAGGGGCACCAAAAGUUGACGAAAAUGCUGUUAAGAAAGAAAAGGAGUUGGAAGAGAAAAUAGAAGCUAAAAUUAAAGACAUUCUUUUAAAAGAGUCCCCAGAUAAUCAAGACCUUCAGUAUGUGAUGCAUAUCUUAUCUAACGAGUUCGAAGCUCUCUAUCCUCCUGGCGGGGGUAUUGCUUCAAAGAAAGGAUUCAUAGAACAUAUUUAUAACACACUGCGACCUCACGAGGAGGUGGAGGAUGACAUGCCCUAGUGUUGAAGCUGGUGAAGAGGGAAUAAAUGAAUAUAUUGAGAAUGUUGUCACCAUCAUCAUCACAUGUAUAAUCAUUGCUUUUAAAUGUGUUUUCCAUCAUAUAAAACUCGCACAAAUAAUUUGUUCUUGCAAAUUAUUUUGUACUGUUCAAUCAUCUGUCUACAAAAAUAAAAACUAGUGCAUUGUGUGUUUUUUACGGAUAUUAUUUGUACUGUAUGAGAAAUGUUAUGGUUUCCUUAAUCGUUUCUCAUACAGUCUGUAAAAUGCAUAGUUCUUGGAAAUCAUGUAUUGUUACAGUAGUGUAUUUAAUAUUUUUUAUCAAAGUGAGGGUAAAAAACAGUACAUGUUUUACAAAAUCAUAUAUGUUUUAACAUGAUUGGACAGUUUUGUAUAAAACGAAAAUGGAUUUUGCCACGUUGUUAUUACAUCCCUGUUUGCAUAUUCUGAGGCCAAAUGCAUAAAACCAUUCUAAAUCCAGUUAAUUGUUAAACUCUGUUAUAUCUUUUUUGAAGGAAAAUAAUGUGUAGUGACAUGUCAGCGUAUUGCUUAAUCAGAUACGAAUGUGGGUGUAGAGAGUGAAAAACGAAAUCUGCUGCAGCCACACUGGCUACUAUUUUCAUGGGAUACCAGUAAGAACAAUCCAUUGAAGAAGAUUGAACAUGUGAUCCAUCACAUUUCAGGAAGAACAUGAAGCAUAUUUUAAUAAUUGACUUUUCUGUGGUUGCAUGUGUCGCUAGUGAACCAGUUCAACAAGUAUUCGCUCAGUGAGAAGUAAUUUUAGGUUGUUUUAUUGUGCCAUUAUGCUGUCAUAAAAAUCCUACAGGUAUUUUUAAAAUAAAUGUUUGUUUUCUUUCGUAGUCUAUAGGUUCCAUAAAAUAUGACUGAAUCCUCUUUAGCUUUAUUAAGUUUAAUUUUAGUUAAACAUUGCUGCUUGAAUUUAAGAUGAUUUUAGGUAAAUCAGAUGUUUGCAGACAUUAAAUGUGAUAAGAAGGAUAUGAUGAUUUGACUGGUACACAUUCUUAUGUGAACUAUAAGUAAUAAUUCUAAUGAUUAAAAAAAAUAGUAAUUCUUCAACCAGUCUAUAUGUGGUAUACUCGGUAAUGUUUAGAAUUUUUGAAUGCCUAGUUUUUUCAUAAUUUUGUUAGAAACAUAAAAAUGGGACUGUUAAUUUAAUUUACUUGUACAUGUGUACAUGAUAAUUAUUAAAUUAUUUGUAUGUGACAGUGCAUACUUCAUUUUGGGUAAAUUUUCUUCACUAAUCUUUUGAUGUGCUGCAGAUUUUCUAAUAUCAAUGACAGCUUGGGACAAAUGACCUAAAUGGAUAGUUUCUGUCAAAUGUUGGAGACACGAAACACUAUAUGACAAAUCUUGUUUACGAUGAUUUCUAUAAACACAUCUAGAGUGGUUUAUACAAAGUUCUUGGUCAUGUUUUGUUGCAUUUUGUUAAAUGAAUUGUUGUGCAACUUAUUUUGUAUCUGUUCAAAGGAACUGUCACAUGAGCAAACCCUGUUGCAUGCAAUUUCCAUGUAACAUCGUUGAUGCCAAGGAUGCAUUCCUUGAGUUUUCAUGGGAAAACAAUAUAGCAAUUACUGGUCAAAUAGUCGUCAUGUUGAAUAGUUUAUGGACUACUCAUGAGAGAGUUUUGCUGUGGAUUUGAGGUAUGAUGUUUGUAUAUCCUUCCAUGCUGUAAGUCAGUAAGGCACACUUGAUGUUUGAGACACUAUAUUUAUUUAUGAUUUGUCAGUUUUGCCCAGUCAUGCAAGUUUUAUUCCUGGCAACAUUAAGCACCACAAAGUAAACAUUUGAACACCACAAACUAUGGAUUUUUGUAUGCAGCUGUUGCAGGCCUUCAGACUUCUUGGAAAUGAUCAUUUCCAGUGGUGUAAAAGCGAAAUCAUGACCCCCUAAAGUUUACUAUCCAUUACAAUGUCACAUAAUCCAUCCCAACCAGUGACCCAUGAAUGGCAUGUACUGUCCUGUCUGCUGCUAAUAGAAAAAUAGAGCAGAUUUCCUAAGACUGACAAAAUUACAAAAUGUUUGACAUACAAUAGCUGAUAAUUAAUAAGUCAAUGUGUUUUAGUGGUAUUGUUAAACAAGACAAACAUUCUUUAAUCCGUCAUUACUAUGAUUAUUAAAAAAGAGUUUCCAUGAUCACAGCAUAAUAAUUUUAAAAAUGUUAAUCAUAAAAUAUAAAACACUCAAGACUGUAUGCUUGUGUGACAGUCCCUUGAAGGGCCUCGAAAUAAGUUACAGAAUAAUUACAGCCUUAUUUUACUGUUUACCACAGCUUUGUAGCCAGUCGAGCAUGAAUGUUUCUCAUUCAUCACACCUUGGUCACGCAUGAUUUGUAAUUUGGUCAAGGUGUGGAGAAUAUUUGCCUGGUGUGAUCUCAUAAUCCAUUGUUAUGUGUUAUGUUGAUCAGUAAUGCUGUCUUCCACUUAUUUUGAGGCUGCAUGUAGUAAUUUUGUUACAAAAUGCUAUUCAUACAUUAGAGAUUAUGCUUUGACCUACAUAUUGCUAAUUAAUACGAUGGUCAUAUGUGAUUCAACAUGUAAGUGGUUGCAUCACCUUUUUGAGAGGUGAUGUAUAUUGUUUAAAAAAAAAUGUGCACUUGAUUGUUAGAGUAUUACAUAUAUUUGAAAAUAUGUAUUUUAAGAUAAUAUAAGUUAAUGUUUUUAUCAUCUGAAAUAGAAAUACAUACUUAAAUCUCAAGAGAUAUAUAUUAAUGUAUUGCACGCUUGUAGAUUGUUGAGUAUGUGAAAAGUGUUGGAUCAUAUUGUAAAGUCCAGUUAAUGUUUGUCAUUAGCGAUUAAGAUAUUUUUGUCAUACAUCUGUUGUUUAAGUAUGUAGCACAGCUUGUGAUUAUUGCACAUUGAUAAAAUGUAUUUCUGUUAACAUAUUUAAAACAAUUCAAUUUGGUCAAGUCAUAAUGUAUGCUUUGUGUUAGAUUUUGAUACAUUUUGUCACCACACUCCUAUGUUAUUUGGGGGUUUUCCAAAACAUUUGAUCAAUGCAAACAAGGUACAUAAACAAUGAAAUUAAUACAGAUUUAGUAAAGUAGCAUUAUUAUAGUUAAUUAGUUGUUGUCACAGUAACGGUAAUGUCUCAUUAUUGAGGUGGGUGGGUAAAUCAUAAUUUCAAAUCAUUUUCAAAAUGUAAUAAAAUUAUAUUUUGAUUAUAACAACAGAUGAGUUGCCAAGUAAUUAAUUUGUUUAGAUCUCAUCUCAGAUUGUUUUGUCAGAUUUAAGAUGGAAACAUAUUUUUUAAAAGUAGAGCAAUUAAAAUAAAAAGACUCUUAAUAAAAUGUAAGUUGGAUAAUGCUACUUUAAUUUGGGAUCGUACAGUGCCAGAAACCUCCCUCCUGCACUUUUGUCAACCAACUUCUUGGUCUCUGUUAUGCAUCUGUUAUUUAGUUGAUGAAAGGCAAAAAGUCCCUUUAUUCUACAAGUAAGUUGAAGCAGCAUACAUUUGUUACAGGGAUUUUCUUAUUUUUAUACAUGAUUACUAGUUUGCUUUACAUUACAUAGAAUUGUGUUAUGUCUCUUAAAGUAUAUAUUGCUAUGAAAAUACAUCUCGAUUGUUCAAACACCAAUGCAUGUGUUAAUGCAUGGCCGACUACUUUGACUCCAAAUAGAUUCUCAUUAAAUUUGAGUCUUUAGAAUUGAAGUUGCAGUAUGUAUGCAUUAUGUUUUGUGUAUUAAUCUGAACAACAAAACCAUUAUUAUGAAUUAUGAUCAAAAUCAUAUCUGUACAAGGCAGACGAAAGGGCAUUUUGGCAAGGUGCUUUGAUAUUACUAAAAACAUUAAGACAGAUUUUAAAUGCUGCUAAAUUAAAUUUGAUUUGAUACCCCAAAAAAUUGGCCAAACUAAAUGUUUUAUGACCAUUAUUGUAAAAUAAUGGAGUAACUUUAAAUUUUAUUAUAAGGUUUAGAUGGAGAUUUUAAAUGGCUAAUAUUAUAGCAUCUUUUUGUGUCAAAUGACCCAUAUUAAAUAAAACAUUAUUUAGCCAUAUUAAUUUUAAUCAGUUACAAACUACCUGCAUAGAUACAUAGUUAAGUUUUCAGCAAACUGCUUAUUUUGUAUGCUUCAUUUUAUUUACAACUUUUUAAUUUUAAUACCUUUAUAUACAAAUUUGGUUCUUAAUGUAUCUGCAUUUCUAAUGCUUACUUGCCUGUGUUAAUGUCUUAACUAAGUGUGAACUAGUUUGUCAAAGGUGGAUAUAAUAAGAUGUCUGAAUAUAUACAAUGUAUAGACAUGUAUUCAUUAUCAUACCAUUUUCAUUUCCAUCAUCAUUCAGAGUGACUAUAAAUUAACCUAAUAUAUCUACCCCUUUUUAGGGAUUCUUUGUGACAUAUAUUUGAUUGUUAUUGUGAAUAUGCUUUUUAUUUGCUUUGUGACUGAUUAGCUUAGUGCUAGAAUUGUGUUUGUCUCCAUAUCCACCAUAUUAGCUGGCUGGCAAAUUUGUUAAUGGUUUGUUUAUCAUAUUUAUGCACGAGAUGUGUGAUUAUUGAGCUAUUUACAGCAGUAAUUCUAAUCUGUUGAUGUGAAUUUUUGUGCUUGUUUUACUAGAACAUCUUACCAUCAACAAGUUUACCAUAUUAAAUGAUUAUUCAAUAAUGUUACAGAAGAUGGUAAAUGGUAAACUUACAAUGUUUGCCUGUAUUUAUAAAACUUGAUCAAUUCUUGGCACAUGCAUGUAAUUUGUAUGUGUUGGCGUCAAGUCUCAAGACAAUAUUAGAGACUCGAGUCUUUAAAACCUUUUAUAAGCACUUUACAUCAAUAAUUUAAUCAUAACACAGUUCACAGAAAGACAUAUGUAUACAGCCUUUGCUCAGUACUUAGCGAUAUUAAACAAGUUUAUCUUCUCUUUUUUUUUUAUUGUUUGUUAUUUCUGUGAUUGGCAAAUUUAAAUCAACUAAAACUGGAAGCAAAAAUAUGUGGCGACUGGCAUUUAAUUCCCCAUUUCUGUUAACUUUUUCUUUAAAUACAAUAUGCUCCAAUUUGAAUAAUUAAUAAAUUGUGAUUUAUCUACUGAAAUUUUAUUUUGCAUAAAGAAAUGACAUGGGGUGCAUAUGAUGAGAAUCUAAAAUAAUUGUUUAUUGGCCUUUGCUUUUACAUUUGCUGCCUUUUUAUGGUCACGCAGUAUAAAGUCAUUGUGACAGUUUUUCAUUUUACCACAGACAAAAUGUUCAAGUUAUUUUUACAAUAUAUUUUGCAGACCCUAUAAUCGGCUAAAAUUAAUUAACGUUUUUGUGAAACUUGAUGAGAAAAAAGUUAUAUUCACUAAAACCGAAUCUGUGACAUAUUAAGUAUAGGAGGCUUUUUCUUUCUUCUUUUUUUUUGACAUCACCUCUCUAUAUGGGGAAUUAAACACUACAUGUAAAUGACCAGAUAAUAAUACCAAGUCAUUAGAGUUGCAUUAUUCGUUUUGCAAUGUUGUUAUCAUUUGUGAAUAUUGUUACUGUUGCCACAUAAUGUGAAUGUGUAAAAUAGUGUAUUAUGUGGAAUGUCAAAUAUUAGACAUUAUAGUUGCAGAUAAAUAUAUAUGCAGUAUACAUGUAUGUGUAAAACUUUCAGAGAAAUAAAUAUAUAGUAUUUGUUUGAACAGUUUUGAGUAGCUGUAUAUUUUUUCCUUGCUCUCUUAACUCAUUACCAUUUUUGAGAAAUUGCAUUGUAAAUUAAUUCAUUUUGUCAAUAAAAUGAGAAUUGUUUGCAACUAA